UGCAUAAAUACUCGCUUCAUCGAGAGUCCAAGACCCAAAGCUAGCGGCCACAGAAACCCCUCGAAGCUACUACAAGCAGCUGCUUUAGCCUUCGCUUGAGAAUCAAAGAUGGCAUUUGAUCCAGUCGCUAAGCAGCUGUCCGAGGUGCUCGCCGGCGGCUACCAUCGCAACACCCAGCUCCAAGCAUUGCUCAGCCGUCCCUUGGAUAGCCGCGGCCAGGAGGUGGCCAUGGAGUUCAGCCAAGAGCUGUCGCGAGUGUUCGCGGUAUCCAUGGCCAUGCUGAACAGUAACGCAGCGGCGCCGGAGGUAAGGACGGGCAAUAGCUUCGGCGUCAGCACUCCGGUGAAGGAUCAGCGCGCCAGGAGUGACAUUGGAGAAGUUGUUGCUCCCUCCAAGAAGGAGAUUACACCCUCGCCGCACAAGGAUGGUUACCAGUGGCGAAAAUAUGGGCAAAAGAAAAUUCAGAACUGCAAUUUCUCGAGGUACUACUACAGGUGCAACCGUCACCGGCGUUGCUUAGCGAAGAAGAAGGUGCAGCAGCAGGAUGGCAGCCUGCUGCCUCCCAUGUUCGAGGUCACCUACGUGAACGAGCACACCUGCCACGUGCUACGUGACACCGACGACGCUGCUGCUACGAUGGCGCCGCCCGGGACCACGAGCCGUCACCGCGCCGGAGCCGCGAGAAGUAGCAACGGCGGCGACCUGUUCGAUCUGUUCCCCCACGUCAUCGGCGGUGGAGGCGGCGGGGGUGGCAGCGCCGAAGAAGAGAACGACGCCAUCGUCUCGUGCCUCGCGACCGUCGUCAGCGGAGCCGCGCCGUCCUCGUGGUGGACGCCGGCGGCCGAAGCCACCGCAGGCGAUCCUGCGGCAGCGUUCGUGGCCCCGGCCGGACGCCCGGCGAGCGUGGACGGCAGCGUCGCGGACGACGGGGGGAUGAUGACGACGAUGGUGAUCGACGACACGGGCUUUUCGUCGUUUUGCCCCGUCGAGGAAGCCUGCCAGCAUCAGCUGGUGGCGAACCACCACCGCGACGUGCACAUGGAUGUCGCUCGGCUCGCGGACACAGUGUGGCCGCAGCACGCGGGCGGUGCGUGGCGUCGAGCUUGACGCGCGCUGUGCUGUGCGCCCGCAUUAAUCAUCCGGGCCGGGCCCUAUUCGCGGACUACCAUGUUAAGCAAAGCAGGUGUUGCAUGGAAGCUGCUUCGUGCAGGGCCAUAUGGUUCAAUGAUAGUGACAGUGAUCUCGGACCAACCGGCCGGUAUUUCGUGAGCUACCAAAAGCUGAUAGGCCAGAUCGAGAACAGUCGGUCACUGUAGCUAGUGCGAGUGUUCGUGUAAGCAGUCGGUGUUGUAGAGAGUAGUGUUGACCAAGUAUCGCGUCACUUGUGAGUAGUAGUUGUUAUGAAGUCGUGACCACUAUGCAUGGCGGUCUGGCGGAUCCUAUCCAUAGUAGUAGUCGUUCGAUGUAGAAAUAUAGUAGUAGUAGUAUCGUAUUAUUAUGUUUGUUUACCGUCAGUAUCAUCAACAUGGACGCAUCGUCCCUGUUGAGCUGGAUCGAAACAGAA